AUGUCGGCCCAGUUUGCCUCUGUUCCCUACCCGACUGUCGCAGUCUUCGACGUUGAUCGCCGGUCCUCGUACCCCGACGACAUGAGCACCACCUCUUCCACCGGCUCGGUCAGCGACCAGGACACCCCCAAGUCCGGCGACCCCACCCUGCGACCGCGCCUGGGCAGCAGAAAGUCCAGCGGCACCAUCAUCAUACCCCGCGACAGCCCCCACGUCGAGCUCAAGGAGGAGGAGUACGACGACGGCGACGCCCGCACCAUGAGCCCUCGACGAAGCAGCGAGGAGAUUGAGAAGAUGGGCCAGGACGCCCGCCAGGCCUUGAUAGAGCAAGCCAAGCAACUCCAAGCCAGCCUCAUGGAGAUUGUCGACCGCGUAGAGGUCGUCAAGUCUGAACACGAGAAGCUCGAGGGCGGCAACAAGUUCCUGCAGUCAUACAUUGGCGAGCUCAUGCAGACCAGCAAGCUUACGUCCUCGGGCGCAGGAAAGGCCUCCAAGGCCAAGGGCAAAGGCCGCAUCAUCAAAUAA